GCCACGAAAGCGCUUCCUGCUCGUUGGAAGAGGACGCAAUUUGAAGGCCCCAACCGACUUUCCAAUGCUCUCUUGGAGCAGGACCUUUGUAGGCAUACACUGCAAGAAGGUUGGGCGACCGCCACAUGUCGCCCGGACCUCGGCCGCGUCCAAAUCGCGAUGGUCCUCGACCCGAUCAGCAAGCGAAUUACCUGGGAAGGUGCCCGUUCAAGGCCUGGACCUUCAGGAGAACUUCUCUAAGUCUUUACACGCGGCACAAAGUACCGCGAAAGGACCAAAGACCCUAAACUGGUCUCGCCAGCCUCGAAAUAUUCUGAUAGUGAGAAAGCCGAAAGACGAUCGGACGAGAAGUGCUUUCCUGGAAGUUACAAGUUGGCUCCGCAAACAGUACCCAGACGUGAACAUCGUUGUGGAGCAAAGUGUGGCUGAUGAAGUGCCGCAUAUGAUGGAUCUGUGUGUGAUGCGGCCGAAGGAGGAUCUUUCAGGUGUCAUCGACUUCGUCAUAACGCUGGGCGGUGACGGAACAGUUCUACAUACGUCGCAGCUGUUUCCAAAGCGUGCACCGCCAAUAAUCCCAUUCUCGUUGGGAACAUUGGGGUUCCUAUUACCUUUCGGGUUCGUCAACUUUGCGGAGGCAUUGAAACAGGUCAUUGAGGGGUCCGUGCCGCUUCUGCAGAGAAUGCGAUUGGACUGCGUGAUCCGGCGGGAUGAUGGAACAAUUGCGCAGAUCGAAGGGAGGGAGUUGGAGUUUCAAGCUCUGAACGACAUCGUACUUCAUCGGGGUCGAUAUCCGCACAUGAUCACGACCGAAUGUUCAGUCGACGGCGAGUUCCUGACGGGCGCCAUCGCCGAUGGCCUGAUUGUGUCAACCCCAACGGGUUCCACGGCGUAUAGUCUAUCUGCUGGAGGUUCACUCGUGCACCCCUCAGUGCAAAGCAUUCUAUUGACACCCAUUUGUCCGCGAUCGCUGUCCUUCCGACCAGCGCUGUUACCUCCCGAUGUUAGGGUAAAUCUACGACUUUCUAAGAAUAGCCGGGCUACUGCGGAGGUGAGCGUUGAUGGGAGGGAUGUCUAUCUUCUUGGAAUUGCAGAGCACGUGGAGAUCAAAAUGUCGGACUACCCCUUGUAUACGAUCGCCCGAACUGUCAAUGGUCGUGACUGGGUGCGGGAUAUCAAUCAUACCCUGAAAUGGAACCAGGGAUUUGUUAACACGCACCGUUAGAAAUAGUUAUAUACUGGCAUAGUAUUAGCUUUACAAGUCGAAAAUCCGUCCGAGAAUUGCUCGUCGUAUGGAAAGCUGUCAAAAUCAGGAGGAACGCGUGGUUACGCGCUGUCGUAACUGCGCUUUAUUUCGCGUCCGACAA